UCACUCACAGUAGAGCAUUUAGCUUCCCAUUACAAACACAGAUCAAAACUUCGUUCUUGUCGGAAAAAACAAAUCAAUGGCAAACGCCUGGAAAAGAGACAAGAAUCAGAAGCUAUUAGCUCCAAAGACCUUAAUAAUCACUCUUCUUGUUCUCUCCAUCAUCUUCCUCUCCUCACUCUUCUUCUUCUCCUCCUCCUCCUCCUCCUCAUAUCUCCAAAACACCAAUCCAAAUCCGACCAUCUCCACCAAGUUCCCAAUCCCACCCUUCGACUGCUUCAAAUGCCCCCAAUCCAAACCCGUGAUCGCCAACGUCGUCGAGAAUCUCAAAUACCCUUUCCUCUACUCCCUCGCCGAUCUCGGUAACCUCCCGGAGAAGCCGCACAAGAACAUCGUGAGGCUGCUCAAGGGGAAGCCCUUUCGGAAACCGGACAUCUCCGCUACGAUUCAGGAGGUUCUGGAGAGGAUGAGUGCUGAUGGCAAAAGAGAUGGGUUCGUUGUCGAUGUGGGAGCUAAUGUCGGUAUGGCUAGCUUCGCUGCCGCGGCCAUGGGGUUUAAAGUGCUUGCCUUUGAGCCUGUUUUCGAGAAUUUGCAGAGGAUCUGUGAUGGGAUUUGGUUCAAUAGAGUUGCCUCUUUGGUCACUGUGUUUGAAGCUGCUGCUUCUGAUAGAAAUGGGGAUAUUACCUUCCAUAAGUUGGUUGGAAGGCUUGACAACAGCGCGGUUUCGGAGGUGGGAGCAAGACUUGCAUUCAAGUCCAACAAAGAAAUAGCGGUCCAAGUGAAAUCCAUACCUCUUGAUGAACUCAUCCCGCCUUCUCAACCGAUCCUUUUAAUCAAGAUCGAUGUUCAAGGCUGGGAGAAGCAUGUUUUAAACGGUGCAAAGAAGCUGCUCUCGAGGAAACCGGCGGAAGCUCCUUAUCUAAUCUACGAGGAAGAUGAAAGAUUGCUCAAGGCGAGCAAUAGUAGCUCCAAAGAGAUACGGGAUUUCCUGAAAAGCGUUGGGUAUAGCAAGUGCGUCGAGCAUGGCACAGAUGCGCAUUGCACUAAGGAGUAAUUGACAUUGGAACUUUGCGAGAAGGGCUAAUAAGUUGUUGCCAUGCGAGUUGAGGAACAUAAGAAAAUGAGGCCAUUGGUAUUUGCUGAGAAAGAAAGUUGCUAAUUGUGGUCAGUCAUAUUUGUUUCUCCUUGUAAUAUUUACUCAUUUUUUGUGAUACCAGUUCUAACUAGUAAAGAUAUGUUAUUGUUGAUGUACACUGAUGUAGCCUUUUUGAGCCAUAAAUGGCACAAGACUUGAGGGCCGAUAUAUGUUUCAAACACAAUUAAAAAUUGUCUCGAUGAUUGGGU